CUCACAAUGUUGUCCGGGCUACAGCUAAACCUGACUUGAGUUUUUGUUUUUUAAGUUAAGUUUUGUUACGCAGUUGUUGCCGACAAUGAGUCUUUUACCUCGCACCGCCGAGGAAUUCAGCUCUGCAGAUUACUGGGAGCGAUUUUUCAAGAAGCGCGGAGAUAAAGCUUUUGAAUGGUACGGAGACUACAACAAACUGUGUGGAAUGCUGCACAAAUACAUCAAAGUCCAGGAUAAGGUGCUGGUGGUUGGUUGUGGUAAUUCUGAACUAAGUGAGCAGCUGUAUGAUGUUGGCUACAAGCAUCUUACCAAUAUCGAUAUCAGUGAAACCGUGAUCACCCACAUGAAUCAGCGAAAUGCUCAGUGCCGGCCAGACCUGACCUUCCAGCAGGUGGAUGCCACUCAAACACCGUAUGAGGAUUUCACCUUCCAGGCUGCUCUGGACAAAGGCACACUGGAUGCUAUGGCAUCUGAAGGAGAAGGAACCCUGGCCAGGAACAUGCUGACUGAGGUUGGCCGUGUGCUAAGCAUAGGGGGGCGGUACGUCUGUGUGACCUUGGCUCAGGAGAGCAUAAUCAAGUUGGCUGUGGAGCACUUUGUUCAGCUGGGUUGGGCGGUGAGGCUUCACUGCCUGCAGAAGGAAAGUGACCCAGAGGAGAACUCCUUUGCUCUGCCCAUUUUUGUCCUGGUCUGCACCAAGUUUCGCCAGCCAAUGCCCACACCUAUUCUGGAGAUGUGCCUUGGGGACGAUGGAGCCCCUACUCGUCUUGCACAGGUUGCAGAGUUGCUGUCAGCUGUGAAGGAGCACCAGGCUUAUUCUAUCUUGAGAAAGAAGCUGAACACAGGCACAGACGAUAGCUCAAACCUGUCGCUCACUCUGUGUCACAUCAAAACUGGCCUUCCUAGAUAUACUCUGACAGUGCAAGAUUGUCCUUUGGGUGCCAAGGUGCCCAAAACAAAUCACUUUGCCAUUUUUAUAGUGCCUCAAGGCAGUGAGACACAUUGGCUCUACAGCUCCAGUGAAGGUCAGAAGCAGCUUGCAGCCAGUGCUAAUUUUCGGCGUUUAAUUAUUGUAGCGAUGCACAGGAAUCAGGAAUACAGCGAUAUGCAAGCUGUCCAGUCUGAAAUCUCACCACUAGUGAUGGACCUUGCUCCACCGGGUAUGCCAAGCAAUCACCAGGUACCAUUUCUGUCAGUUGGAGGUGACCUGGGUUGGCGAGAAAUAGUGAGUAGGGGUGUGAGUGAGCUCAGUGGAGAGUACUGUGUGGAGAAUGUUCGAGGAGAAGAUGGUGAACUGUAUCGCAGACUUGUCUUCUUGUCCAAUGCCGCCCUUGUCCAAUCAGAGAGCCGCCUUGUGCUUUCAACUAUAGCUGAAAGUCGCAAGAAGAAGAACAAAAAGAAGGUCAAGUCAAAAAGUUGCCCAUCAUCCUCUACAUCUCUUUCGGUGGACAGUGGCUUCCUCUGCUGUGUUCACCAUGAAAUCAUGGUAGCUGGCCUCGCCAUGCUUGGAGUGGGCACGCCACAGAACAAAGAUGUCUCAGUGUCCAUGCUGUUGGUGGGGCUUGGAGGUGGGGGCCUGCCCCAGUUUCUGCGUAACUUUGUGCCUGGUGCUACUGUUGAAGUUGUGGAACUAGAUCCUGUUGUGCUCGAGGUGGCAAAGCAAUGGUUUGGGUUCCAGCCAGAUGAUCAUUUGACGGUCACUAUUGGAGAUGGCCUUGAACACAUCUGUGUCCUGGAGAAGGAAGGUGGCCGUUUGUUUGAUGCCAUCAUGUUUGAUGUAGACAGUAAGGACAGGACUGUUGGUAUGAGCUGUCCUCCUGCUGCCUUUGUAGAAACCUCCAUUCUGCAGAAGGUCUACAGACUGCUAACACCCAGAGGUGUAUUUAUGCUUAACCUUGCAUGCCGCGACACGGUCUUGAGGGACACUGUGCUGGAGCGUGUGGUCGGUGUGUUUCCCACCAUUCUCUCUCAUAAGAUUGAUGGGGAGAUCAACGAAGUUCUUUUGUGCUCCUGCAACAAAAACAAGACAUCAGAUGCUGCGCAGUUCCUUUCAUCCCUUAUCCAAGCAGCCAGGAGUCUGCAACAUGCAAUGUGCACCAACAGGCCUGGACAUGACUCUGGGCCACAUAUAGAUGUUGCAGAGUUGUUGCAAGGACUGAAAAUAGCAUGAAUUUGAUUAUUGACUGAUAAUGGUAUCGGAAAAGACAGUUCACAAGGAUUAUUUGGUGAAGCUACUGAAAUAUAAAUGGACGUCCAUUGACACUGAUGUAAUUACAGUGGAACACAAAGAUGAUGCAUUACUUUUACAAGUAAAGAGCAUUUUAUCCCGA